CUGCAAAAAUAAGUAAACAAACCGCACCGCACGUGCAUUAUUUAUUUAUAUUAAAAAUAGUUUUAUUUUGAAAGCCAGAAGAGAUGGCCAGCAACUUUGAGCUUCUUAGCGAGCAGGGUCUGCGUCUGGACGGACGUCGUCCGCACGAGCUGCGCCACAUCAAAUGCAAACUGGGAGUUUUUGAGCAGCCUGAUGGAAGUGCGUACAUGGAGCAGGGAAACACCAAGGUCUUGGCCGCCGUUUAUGGUCCCCACCAGGCCAAGGGCAAGAAAACGGAGUCCAACGACGUGAUCAUCAACUGCCAGUACAGUCAGGCUACAUUCUCCACGGCGGAGCGCAAGAAUCGCCCGCGCGGCGAUCGCAAAUCCCUGGAGUUCAAGAUGUACUUGCAGCAGGCGCUGAGUGCAGCCAUCAAAUCGGAGUUGUAUCCCCGCUCCCAGAUAGACAUCUACGUGGAGGUGCUUCAGGCCGACGGGGCCAACUAUGCAGUGGCUCUCAAUGCCGCCACAUUGGCCCUGAUUGAUGCAGGAAUCUGUCUGAAUGAGUUCAUCGUCGCCUGCACCGCCUCACUGAGCAAGUCGAACAUCCCACUCACGGACAUCUCACACUUCGAAGAGGUCUCCGGCGGACCCAAGCUGACGGUGGCUGCCCUGCCCACCGCCGAGAAGAUCGCUUUUCUGGAGAUGAGUGAACGGUUCCACAUCGACCACUUGGAGACGGUCAUUGAGACCGCGAUGGCCGGAUGCCGUGAGAUCCGGGACAUUCUGGAGGCGGCAGUCAAGGAGCACCUGCUGCACAUGGGCAGUGCUGCCGAUUGGGCAAGAGUUUGUUGAAAUAAACUAGAUAUUUCCUUUGAUAAAGUA